AUGUCCUCUAACACUGCAAACGCUGCAAAAGAAUCCGCUGAAGAGAGUGCCUGGAAGGCAAAAGAAAGCGCCCAACACGCUUCCGGUGCAGCCCAGGAAACCUUCAAAGACAGAUUGCAAAAAGCCAAAGAUACCAUCGAAGAAUACGCUGAGUCUGCCAAAGAACAUACUAGAGAGGGGGUCCAAAGAGCCAAGGAGUCUUUCCAUAAUGCCGCAGAAGCCGUCAAGGACAAAACCCACGAGGGAGCUGCAAAGACCAAGGACGGAAUUGAGAACGCUGCUGACUCAACUAAGGAACAUUCGAAGUCAGGUGCUUCCAAGCUCAGAGAUAACCUAGAAGAAGCCGGAGAAAGCGCACAACAGAACACCAGAGAAGGUGCUAGUAAAGCGGCUUCCAAGGUUUCUGAGGGUGCAGAAAAAGUAUCAGAUAAGGCAGACAACCUAUCCGCAAGAGCUGAGGGUAGAAGGAGUUUCGCAGAGAAUGCUAAAGCUACCAGUAAAGAAUUGGCUGACCAGGCUGGUCACUACGCAGAGACAGCUAAGGAAAAGCUAACUAACGCUUACAAGUAUGUAGCAAAGAACAUUCACGGUGAAAAAUAG